AGAAUCAGCCACAAGCGGAACGACACUACGCAAUCGCAGCAGACAAAACUAUUCGUGGUCUGCCUGCGGGCUUGAUUGUUCGCGAUCUGUACCUCAUCUUUCAACUGGGCCCAUUCGAAGGGCGUAAUGUACCGAUUAAGGACGUCGUUCAAUUGAUGACGAUCGGGCAACAGAACGAUCUGCCGAGAUUUUGGUCGCCAAUGAGUAGGAAAGUAUCCUCAGAUGUAGACGGAGUUUCAAUCCCGAUAUUUUUCGUUUUAGAACUGGAUGAUCUGUAACGUAGAGAUGCUUUGACGUGUAUUCAGACGAGGGGAACCGCUGAUCACAUAACACCCAGCGACAGUCGACCACCGCCGCUUCAUCUCCACGAUCGAGGCAUGGCAACUCUGCAACCGCGUUCAACUCUGGCUCCCUGGCUUCGGAAUCGUACAACACUCUCCAGCAGUCAAGGUUGCAGCAACUUGAGCGGUCUCCAAUUUCCGAGUGCCAAGCGGAAGUCUCGGGGUGUUCUGGAGAUCGCUCGGAGGCCUGGAUUGACGGUGUGCUCGUCGAAUUCCAAGGGCGUUCGAUUGCAGGAAACGAGCGUGACGAAGGAGGACCGACGAAAACUGCUGCAUCAGAAGGGCUGCAUUGUAUGGAUCACUGGGCUGAGCGGAGCGGGGAAGAGCACGCUGGCAUUCACCAUGGAUCGAACGAUGAUGGCCAUGGGAAAGCUGACGUACGUCCUCGACGGGGACAACAUUCGACACGGUCUGUGCAAAGACCUGGGAUUUUCUGCAGCUGAUAGGCAGGAGAACAUCCGAAGAGUUGGAGAGGUGGCCACGCUCUUCGCCGAUGCUGGACUCAUCACGCUCGUCAGUUUCAUAUCCCCGUACAAACGAGACCGGGACAUCGUCCGGGAGAUGGUUCCUCCCGGCCACUUCAUCGAAGUGUUCAUGAAUGUUCCUCUGGAGGUUUGCGAGCGUCGAGACGCCAAAGGCUUGUACAAGCUCGCUCGAGCAGGAGUCAUCAAGGGCUUCACGGGCAUUGAUGACCCCUACGAAAAGCCCGAGACUCCUGAAAUCACUAUCCACGACGUCGACGAGAAAGGUGGACCAGUUUCUCCCGACCAGAUGGCUUGGACUGUCAUCCAGUACCUCGCCGACAAGGGCUUCUUCUCGGAGUGAGAUAGCAGCCAACCCGUGAGCCGACGAGCUGCAUUUCGCAUGCUCAGGUGUUGGUGGGAGUAGACACAAUUGUCACCUCCACGGGAUCAACCGCCGAAUCGUAGACUGUAAUCUGUCUCUACGUCACUGGACUUCUCUGUGCACGCACCAGUUGUGCUUUUCACAUGUUCAGGAUCGGGUGAAAGGAUAUUGUUGUCCCCUUGCACGCCAGUUCCCUCAAUAGUUAGUGAUUCAACCUCGAAAGCUGUAGUCUGUAAUAUAUUUUUACCGAAAGAAGUGUUGAGCGCCACGAGCCCUUGAAGAACAAGACUUCUCUCUGCACACACAUUGACUCUCUGGAUGUGCUAGUGAAAUGCGAGCAGCAUGCAAGAAGUCAAUUCUGCAAUGUGAACGAUGAGCACAUGCUGAGAUCCGUUUGUCACACGGGCCAGUUAUUUCUUUCUGAUGGCCAAGAAUGGAUUUCAUGUUCAUGAGCUGGAUGACUGUCGCCCCGUCCCGUCCCGUCCA